AUGACCGUUGUCGAGAAUGUCGGUCGAGGCCACGUCCAAUGGCAAAGAUCAUCGAUCAGGGGAGGGGUGGGUGUCCUGUCUGUCCCGUCUCUCGCACUCGUGCAUUCACUACCAACACCAAGGAGGGUGUGGGAGGAAGGCGAUGGGAGGGUACGGUGUGCAGUUAUUGAGUUGGCCAGCGAAAAACAAGGGUCGGGGAAUCGGUGUUGGUGGGGGGAAGGGGGGGGGGACAGAGAGAAAAAGAGUCUGAGGGAAGUGAGCAAGGGUUGCGGUAGUGUGUCAGUUGCAGGGGCAGGCAGCGGGAGGGAUGAGGGUGAGAGAGAAAGCGAACGCUUUCGCGAGAUACGGCGUCAGCAUCGGUCCAGUGGUGACAGGGACGUUCCGAGGACGGUCGAUGGAAUGGGCCGACGAGUAUGGAGACAAGAGGAGAGCGAGGCAAGGCAGGGGACGGCGAUGGGUACGACGGAUGAUUCCCGACCCCCGGCACACUGCCUUUUCUCUGGGGAAUCUCGUCACUCACUCGAGUUGUGUCCGCUUGCUCGAGGCAAUGGUGAGGGAGAGAGAGUGGGAAUGGGAUCGUGUGUACGAAUGCUUGCACCACAGACAGAGUACGUACACGAUUACGAUUAG